AUGUGUAUGUCACUUUAUGAUACAUUAGUCAAUUGCUCGAUCCAAAAACAGCCAACAAUCAGAGAUAUUGAAGAUACAUUUAAUGGAAAUCUUUGCCGUUGUACCGGCUAUCGACCAAUAUUGGACGGUGCAAAAAAAUCAUUUGCUGAAAAGAACGUGAUGGAUGGCCUGAUAGUUGAUUUUCCCAAAGAAUUAGGAGCAGACUAUGUGCCAAAAGCAAUUUAUAUUAGAGGCACCAACAUCGAAUUUUAUCGUCCACUUACACUCGAUCAUCUCUUCGAAAUUCGAAAACAAUAUACAUAUGCCAAUCAAUUUUACUUCAUUGCUGGUAACACUGGAGAAAAUUUCGACCAUACUGUCCAUCAACAUCGUUAUCGAUGUCUUAUUCAUCUUACUCAAAUUCCAGAGCUACAGCUUCUAAUUGAACAAUCCAAUGGCCUUCUCAUUGGUUCAUGCAUUACACUUUCACAUUUUAAAUCUUAUCUAGAACAAGACCAAGAACAUCAACAGCUCUACAAAGUUCUUUAUGAACAACUUGAAUUUAAUGCUAGCCGACAAGUACAAAAUCAAGCGACCGUUGGAGGACACGUAUUAAAUCACAGUCGUAAACAUACAUCGGAUCUUUUGCCAAUACUCUACGUGUGUCAAACGAAAUUGAGGUUUAUUCAUUUAUUAAAUAAAGAUGAAAUUGAAAUUGAAAUCAAAGAUCUGAAUAAAACUGACAUAAAUGACUUACUGUUGAUCUCAGUAUUCAUUCCAUUUAUAAAUGCUGAUGAAUAUCUGCAAUCCUAUAAACAAGCUCAUCGACGUAAACACGAUACAGGAAUCGUAACGUGUGCAUUUCGAUUGAAAUUAGAUGGAAAUACCAGACGAAUUAUGUUGCUUCAAAUGGCAUUUGGUGGUUUUUACAAUGGUGUGAUUUGCAUACCGGAAAAAACAAUGAACUAUGUCAAUGGUAACGAUUUAGAAUGGACAAAAACUGAAAUUAUGCAAAAUGUAACGAGUCAGCUGCUGACAGAAAUACACUUGGAUCAACUUUCUGAUGGUGGAAGACAAGAAUAUCGGUGA